AUGGGUAGAGUUGCUGGCAGUAUUCGUGGUUAUAGCAUUGCCACGAUUACCAAAGCCGGAGCACAAUUUAUUCAUGAUUUUGAGGGAACCAAUCCUUCGGGACUGGGCAACCAAAUAUUAGAUUACAGAAACACAGGAUAUAAUGCUGCUGAAGCCCGCCAGGCUUAUGAUAACGGAACUGAGGUAAUUUCUUAUACUUCUCGCGGACAAACUACUGAUGAGGUUAAUCCUCUUAUCCAUUCGAAAGAUGAUUUAGAUAUUGCACAUAACAUUUUUAACUUUAUUGAGAACGCCCCGGAAUAUAUGUUGAUUGAUAUUAGUGAAGAGGGAGAAAAUAAUCUAGCAGCCGUAUUUACCGCCGCGGCGAAUCGAGCUUAUGACAUUUUUCUAAAUUCUCUGCAAACCGCACCGGAUCUGGCCACGCUAAAUCAUUGUUCUGCAAUGACAAAUAACUUAGAUUAUGAUAAACUUACAGAGGGAAGAAAUCAAGCCACUUUACAAGCGGCCUACGCCACCCGCGAAGCGGUGCUUAAUCCGGUCAACCCAGGUGGGGGCGGAGGUGGAGGCGGCGGCCCUUAUGUCCCUCCAGUAAAUCCCAAUCCGGGUAAUCCCGGUGGCUUUACGGCUGCUUCGCAAACACAAACGUCAACUAACAAUAACGAACAAACAACGGAAAAUCAAGUUCCAACCAGCACUCCAACUUCUUCAUCAACUACUAACCCAGAUUCCAACUCAACUGGUAGUUCUUCGGGCGAUUCAUCUGCCCCGGGCGGUGGUUAUUCCGGCAGUUUCGGUGGAGGCUAUUCUAGCAGCAGCAGCGGAACAAAAAAAAUUAAUCGUUUAGAAGACACCUUAGCCGAAACCCCCACCUUAUCUCCCGAAGAAGUAGAAAAAAAUAUUCAACAAUUAAAUGAGAUUGAAAAAGUUUCCACUCAAUUAACCAACGAACCGACUAAUGAAAUCCUUAAUCCUGAAAAAGAAGAAAUUCAAAAUAAAUCUAUUAACUUACAAAUUGAAUUAAUUAAAAAGAUUCCAGAUUCCGAAAUUGUAAAAGCUCGCCAAAUUGCCUAUGAAAUAGUUAUAAAAUAUGCUAAUCAGCAAGGUUUAACUAAUUACUCUUAUGAUAAAAGCCAAUUAGAACAAUUAACUACUAGUGCAGCCAUCGCCCAACAGGUUCGACAAACUAUUGAGCAAAUUCAACAGCAAAAAUUACAAAGAGUUAGAGCAGUUUUAGUAGUGGCUACUCUAGGAACCGCUGCUUGGUAUUUAAAUAAAAUUCCUACUUCCAAAGGAACUAAAACGCCUCCUAAAAAAAACCAUAAAUCUUAUAAUCCCAAAAAUCUCGGAGUGAAAAAAUUUGGAGGAGAACGGGUCAAAAGCGGUAAUAUAAUUUUGCGGCAAAGAGGAAGUAAAUACGAACUAGGAAAAAAUGUUUAUUUUGGCAAAGACUAUAGUAUCCAUGCUGGCAUUGAUGGCUGUGUAGAAUAUUAUAAAAGUCGAAAGAACAAAACAUUUGAUAAAAAAUGCUUAGCCAACCUCAGUCGGGAUAAUUUUCGCCAACAUACAGAGAAAUUUUUUCCAGCCUUACAGAAAAUUUUGUCUAAAAAUGGUUACUCUUUAAAAGACAUUGGAGAAAUUUACUUUACUGAUUUACCUGGGAGCCAAACCGGACAACGAAUUAGUUUAGCCUUUGUGCUUGCUUUGCAAGUGUUAAAUCCCCGGAUUAAAAUUUAUCAUCUUAACAGUUUACUUUUUCAG